AUGCCUAUGAAACUGAAUAUAGGGUUCGGUCGACGAAAGUCAUCUGGCAAUAUUUUGGAGGAUGUGGAGAGUCGGGAGACCCAGAGCCAGUCUUCCUUCCGGGUCUAUGAACGCCCAGGACCUCAAAGAUCGAUGACAGACGGUGCCCCGCUCACUCAGCAUAUGAGUGAAGGUACAGUACCACUGGGAGAUUCGGAUAACAUCUUCGCGGAACCGGGGCAACCCACGGACAGAAAUCGCUCAACUUCAACACGAUUGAGCUCCUCGUCCACUCAGCCUUCCUCCACAGAGGUGCCAUCGCCUAACGAGACCUCCCCGCAUUCCCGUAUCCAUGAUGUUCCUCCACCAAUCUCAGCUGCCAUACGCGCUGCAGGGAGAACAUUCUCUUUUGGUGGACGCUUCAGUUCAUCUACGCCAUCCGCUCCUCGAAAUGCUCCGGUGACUGAGUCUUCAAGACAGCGAGCAAUGACUACUAGUACAGAUGAAACGGCAACACCCCCAAAGCUAUCUCAUGCACAAUUGGACUUGGGAGGAGAUGACUUUGGAAAGAUGUUUGACACUUUAGAAAAGCGACAGAGCGCAUCGCUACGCGACCCUUCCCCUCGCCGGGAUAACCAGUCACAAUCUGAAUCUCAGAAUUCAGGAAGGGCUCACAAGCCUAUGCCAAUCAACACAGAUCGAUCGACAGUCGUUGAACCUUCUCCUUACUCAUGGAACAGUCAUGAUUCUGGGGAGGGUUUACUCCAGGAUCCAGACGAUAUACCCCUCGGUCUUAAAUCACCCACCCUGUCAAGUCCUCAGACAACCAUUGGAUAUCGUGAACGAUCCCCUGUGCCACAACAAAUGACCAGCGUCACCGCGACUCACUCGUCUCUUCAACGCCCAAAACCACAAUACGAUGGGGGACUGCGAAGGAGCAUUAUCUAUUCCGGGGAUCGAGACUCUAGCGGUAUUGAUGAUGAAGACGCCGCUAUGGUUCGAAAUUCUCUACUAUGGAGCAAGGAUACCAGCCCUCAGCCACGGUGGUCAGAGAGUGCAUCUCCCUCAAAUGCUGCACUUGUUGGGAAAAGCCAAGCGAGUAGUCCCAGAGAGAAUUUGAGUCCUGGAAUGGAUUCAAUGUUCUCAAACCCGAUCUCGCCUCGUUCUCCCACGCAAAUCGAUUCCUCCGUGGCUGACCAUGCACGCCUCGCAGUCAAAUUCGCAGAGAGUUUACCCAAGUCCCCUUCUCCGGGCAACAAGGUGAUGACUCCAUCCCAGUUUGAGCAUUAUCGCCAGCAACAAGAACUCCAGAACUCCAACAGUGAUUCUUCCGAUGCUGAGGAUAAGUCGGACGAUGAUGCAUACGAUGAAGAAGAUGAGGCCGAGAGGCAGCGCGAGGCUGAAAAACAACGGCGAAAGCGAGAAGCUCAUCUGUCGGUUUAUCGCCAGCAAAUGCAGAAAGUGAUCGGUCAGCAAUCGCCAUCGCCAUCGCCGUCUCUACGCCCCGUGAUGAGUGGAGCUAGCAACAGUACCCCCAACCUCCUAAUGAAUCGUUCUAGUGUUCAUCUAUCCAGCACAGGUGAAAAGUCCUCGAGCGGUAAAAGCAACGAGGACGAGGAUGAUGAGGUUCCGCUAGCCAUUCUUGCGGCUCACGGGUUCCCCAACCGCAAUCGUCCUCCUACCCGUCUGACCAACGUCAGCUCCAACCCGAACCUUCGGGCUUCCAUGAUGCACCCGUAUAUCUCUUCUUCCAGCUCUCUUGUGGGUGGCGAGCAGGAGAACCGGGGCAGUCUACCUGUCUUUGCCAGAAAUCUUCCACGAGACCCUUACUUCGGAGCCAGUCUGGUUAACCCAACCAACCGAGAAUCCCUGGCUCUGGGUGGUGGCUCAUCAUACGGUGGUCCUGGUGCAACGCCUCCCGUGCCUACCGGAGGCCUUGUGGGUAUAAUUGCGCAGGAGGAGCAGUCGCGAAAGUUGAGACGAGGCAGUCCGAACACUCAGGCUAUGUAUGAUAUGGGAAGUGUACCUCGACCAUACUCCAUGAUGUCUCCACCCCCGCAGCCGACGAUGACUGCAUCUGAACAGGCACAGGUUCAAUUGACCAAUCAUAUGUCAACUAUGAUGCAGGUCCAAAUUGAAUGGAUGCAGCAGAUGAUGCGUAUGCAGGGUGUGCCGGGAGCCACUCCGCAGAUGAUGCCACCUGGUAUGCCACCUGGCAUGCUACCCGGUAUGCCGAUGCCACACAUGACAGGAGCUAUGUCCAUGCCAGGAACUUCUAUGGGACCUCCCCCCAUGGGCGUUCCUCACAUGCCGGGGCCUGGUUCAGUAUCUAGCAACCCUAAUAUGAGACCGGUCUCUAUGCCGGGUCUUCCCCCGUCAACUCCUCCUAAUUAUGAUCCCCGUCCUCUGAGCAUGCUCGACCCCAAUCUUGCUACGCGUCGCACCGGCUCACCAAUGCCUAAUAUCCCAGGUGGACCCUUCCCACAUAACUCACCCGGAUAUGCUGCAUCAAUUGCACCCUCGGAGCGCAGCACCGCAGGAAUGGCAUCGCGAUAUCGCCCCGUUUCCAUGCAGGGUGAACACAUCCACCAGGGCUCCCCGCUGAACAACUCAUGGAAUGAUGAGAACCGACAUCACUCCCACCUUUCCAUUUCUCAAUCACAUGGAGCUCUCCCGAAAUCAGCUUCGCUGGCUACGGUGACUGUGAGACCCGUUUCGCGGGGCAGCCAAGCAGGCUCAGCUGUUCAAAAGCCAUCUCAUGGUUCCGAUGAGGAAAAUGAUGAUGAGGCCUGGGCUGAGAUGAGAAAGAACCGAGAAAAGAAGAAGAGCUCCUGGAAACUCAAACGAGGAACAUCUUCUUUCGGAGAUCUUCUAGGUGCGGUGCACUAA